UCACCUUAUAUUCUUAUGCCAUGGGUCUUCACUCCAUUCACAAUUUACAACACCACGACGAUUUGGUCAGAAUCGUCGUUAUUUCGUCGGUGAGCGCCAUUAAAUUAGAAGAAGAAGGAAACGCCUCGAUACUGCCCGACAGCAACAUUGACUUGCAUUGAUUGACUGCUACUGGUCCAUACUAGUCUGAACCGUCCCGUAUCAGCAACGGCCAGCAACGGCCGUCGAACUGUCGAAAGUCGAAACGUGGCUGACUGCUGAAUGCGUCAUCCGGAAAUGAUGGACUUCAGAUCAAAUCAAACGUGAAACAUACAUGAUGCUUGGGUUUUAACUGGAUUAUGCAUCAGCUUUCAUUGAAUAUACUUACUGCUUUUCAGUUUGUAAAUGCUACAACAUGCCACCAAAACAGAGGAAAAUAGCUAUUAUGGGCUAUAGAUCUGUAGGUAAAUCAUCUCUUAGUAUACAAUUUGUGGAGGGACAGUUUGUAGACUCGUAUGAUCCUACAAUAGAAAAUACAUUCACAAAAAGUACACGAGUAAAUAGUCAAGAUUAUGAACUCAAGUUAGUAGAUACAGCUGGUCAGGAUGAAUAUAGUAUAUUUCCUACUCAGUAUUCGAUGGAUAUUCAUGGCUAUGUUCUAGUAUAUAGUAUAACCAGUGCAAAGAGUUUUGAGAUUGUACAAAUUAUUUAUGACAAAUUACUUGACAUUACUGGAAAACUCCAUGUUCCGAUCGUAUUAGUGGGUAAUAAAACAGAUCUGUAUGUUGAUCGUAUGAUCACGACAGAUCAAGGAAAACGUUUAGCAAACUCUUGGAAUGCAGCAUUUUUAGAAACCAGUGCAAAACAAAAUGAGUCUGUUGCAGAUAUUUUUCACACACUAUUAAAGGAGAUCGAGAAAGCCAAUGGGAAUGUACAAGAAAAGCCAAAUUGUAUUAUUUGUUGAAUUGUUUGAAUCAAUGGCUUUAACAAAAAUGUAAAUGUGUAAAAUUUGGUAAAAGAAACCAUCAUCGUUAUACUCUAAUACCUUUACAAUCCCAUUAAGAUAAAUACAAGUGUCAAAAAGUGUAAAUGAAAAGUGCAUGUUAAAUGAUUAUAUUUUAUUUUUUUUCGCUAUACAUUAUAGAUAAUUUAGUUAUCAAUAUACAUAAUACACAAUCAUGAAUAAUAUUAUUAUUCAUGAUUAUAUUAAUUAUA